AUGACAAAAUCUACAACCCCAAUGAUCGAACAAUACUGGCACAAAGGUGGCCUCUGCGGCGUCAUCUCCCGCGCCGCCCUCCGCACCCUCCAAUUCGUCUUUGCCAUCGUGAUUGCCGGUCUCUAUGGCGUUGACCUAGCCCAUGCAACAGAGAUCAACGCCCGUGCCCCCUCACAAUGGGUGUACGCCGAGUUCGUCGCGGUAGUCACUGCACUGACCUGCAUCGUGCACUGCUUCAUCACCGUCACCCACGUCGCAUGCCAGGUAGGCACUUUCGGGUCGAUAUAUAUCUCCAACAACGUACUGGAUGAGUAUAAAAAGGAGACGUCGUCGAUUCCCCGCAUGCGCGCUGCGGUCUGGAUCAGUCUGGUCAGUAUGCUGCUAUGGUUUGCGACGACUGUUUUGGGCAUUGCGUGGUGCUGCCGGACACGCAAGGUCACGCGGCGGACGGAUCAAGUUGAUGCUGGUAAAGAACAGACCCUGCAGAGGGAUAGUGACGUGGAGAGUGGUUCGAUCUGCGACGAGAUGAAAAGCAUGGUGGCCAUUCCUGCUGCUAUGGUUGACGAGAAGCUCAUCAAGGAGAGUAAUGAUAGUAAAGGAACAUCCGAGACAAAUCGGUUGGAUUCCGAUGUCUCUCCUCCGCCAUACUCUUGA